AUGCAGCCUCAUAAUGAACUUGAAAUUUUUCAAAUGCAAGUAAUCAUUCCUGAUUGUGAUUACAAACGCUUUGAAGAAAUCCCUUAUUACCGUCUGAGGCCAGCUUCAAAUCAUGCCUGUGACACUGCGAAAAGAGAAGCUGAUAUAAUCUAUUAUGUUGUUAACUGGUGCCAUGCUAAUGCCAACUUAAUUGGACACUAUACUUCUUCUCAGAGUUGUUAUACAUUACCUGAUAUUGUUAAUGAUCUUAAAUCUACUAUUUUAGUCUCACCACUGCUGUUGUGCUUAGUAACAGAUGGAAUGCUUUAUCGAAAUCAAACAUUUGCAGCAGUUACACCGAAUUUUAUUUUAGAAUUACGCUCUCACCUUAAAAUCUUCACGAAAAAAUUUUACUAUGGAUCAAUAGCGAAGUCGAA